GCACAACUGUCAGUCCUUGGUGAUCGCUUGAUUCGUUGUUCAUUUGAUGUCUCUCCACCUCGAUAGCAGCACAUCUUCCAGCUGAAGACAGCGCAGGGAGAUACGGAGAUCAGGGCGUGUAACUUCCGUGCGACCAACAUGAUCAAGCGUUUUCAGAACCAGCAGAUGAAAAAGCAGCUCGCGGAGGAGCUUGGCAUGGACGCGGCCGAGGUUGCAGCCGAUUAUGACGAGAGCAGCUCUUCUUCAGGCGACUCCUCGGACGACAAUGAUUCAGACUCAGACGACUCCUCUGAUUCGGAGGCAGAGUAUGCGUCAAGUGAAGAAGCAGAGCUGCAGAAUUCACGAUCAGGGGACGGGAAAGGUCUGACGCGAAUUAAGCGGCAGCGACCCCAGCAAGACGAUGACAGUGACGACUCUCAUGACAGUAGUGGAAGGCAGUCAGAAACCGAUGUUAGCAUCCGGAAACGAGCAAGGUUGUCUCAAAAUGGAGAUUCGGGACUAUCAUAUCAAUCUUCAGAUGAGGACUCGGGCUCUGAAGAGGAGGAGAUAGAUGAAGACAGCGAAGACGAGCGAAGUAGCCUUCCACCUAUGAGCUCUGCGCAAGCGCUGGUAGAUCCAAUCUACACCGAGCCUGAUGCACCUUUCAAGCAAGGCCAGCAACAGAGGAGCUGUAUCCUCUGUCCUGGAAAGGAAAUAAAAAACGACGACAUGCUCAAAUCACAUUUGGCUAGCAACUCGCAUAAGCGCUCUCGAAAAAGGUUCGAAAGCUAUGCGAAAGAAGUCGUGAAAGACAGAAUGGAUUAUUUUGGUAAAGGCAUGGUCGACCCGAGACACCUGGUAGCAGAAAUGAAUGCGAAACUCCGAGCCCUCAACACCACCAGCACUGGGAAAAAAGUCAUCUCCGGGAAACAGAAGCGGUAUCAAGAACUAUCCGAGCUCAAAGAUCGGUACUUAAACGGAAAACUUAACGAAGAAGAGAUCCAGAACCUAAGCAAAAGCGGCCGAAAAGCAAUUUAUCAGGCGAAAAGGAGGCUUGCGAAGUUGGGGCGGAAACAAGCGCACGCGCGAAAUUGCAACAAGGGCAACGAGAGCGCUGGGGACAACGUUGCAGGGAACGGUGCGAAUGCAGAGACCGCCUGAGACAGUGCGUGAAGGAGAGGUACGGUCACAACUCCUUCGUAAAGUUCCCCAAGCCUCCCGAAGCUUCUGUGUGUACCGAGGAGGAACAGGUUUCUGAAAAAGGAGCGAAGACGAUGCCUCCGCGGAAUCGCGAGAAGGACAACAACAAGGUGCCGAAGGCUUGAC